UUGGGCUGCCUCCAGCGCUCCUGGCCGAGCUGCCUCUGGACUCCCUGAGGCCCCUGGCAACGCCAGGGUCUGAGUCCAUGCAGAAAGUGCUUUGGGAUGAGUCAGGAGCUGGGAGAGAAAGCGGGUGUUUGCCAGUGGUUGGUUGAGGAGGGAGAGGCCGACACCUGAAGACAGACAAGGGAGGACAUGUGGAGAGGCCGGAGCUGGCCUAGGCCAUGUCCUGCCUGGCCUGGGAGUGGGGCUGGAGCAGGGACCUUCCCACAGCCUCCAGCUGAAUGGGGCUGCGGCUCAUCUCCCUGCUGUGAGGACCGGGCCAGCACAGAAGAGGCGGAGGAUGUGAGCGAGGAGGCCCCGCUGCGGGACCGCUCCCACAUCGAGACGACGCUGAUGCUGACCGAGGACAAGCCGGCCGACGACUACUCGGCGGUGCUGCAGCGGCUCCGGAAGAUCUACCACUCAUCCAUCAAGCCCCUGGAGCAGUCGUACAAGUACAACGAGCUGCGGCAGCACGAGAUCACAGAUGGGGAGAUCACUUCCAAGCCAAUGGUGCUGUUCUUGGGACCGUGGAGUGUCGGCAAAUCCACCAUGAUCAACUACCUCCUCGGGCUGGAAAACACGCGCUACCAGCUCUACACAGGUGCCGAGCCCACCACGUCCGAGUUCACGGUGCUCAUGCACGGGCCCAAGCUCAAGACCAUUGAGGGCAUCGUCAUGGCCGCGGACAGCGCCCGCUCCUUCUCGCCCCUUGAGAAGUUCGGCCAGAAUUUCCUCGAGAAGCUGAUUGGCAUUGAGGUUCCCCACAAGCUCCUGGAGCGGGUCACCUUCGUGGACACUCCGGGUAUCAUCGAGAACCGCAAGCAGCAGGAGAGGGGCUACCCCUUCAACGACGUGUGCCAGUGGUUCAUUGACAGAGCCGACCUCAUCUUUGUGGUCUUCGAUCCCACCAAGCUGGACGUGGGGCUGGAGCUGGAGACGCUCUUCCGCCAGCUGAAGGGACGGGAGUCCCAGAUCCGGAUCAUCCUGAACAAGGCGGACAACCUGGCCACACAGAUGCUCAUGCGCGUCUACGGCGCCCUCUUCUGGAGCCUGGCCCCCCUCAUCAACGUCACGGAGCCCCCCAGGGUGUAUGUCAGCUCCUUCUGGCCCCAAGACUACAGGGCCGACACCCACCGCGACCUUUUCCUCAAGGAGGAGAUCUCGCUGCUGGAAGACCUGAACCAGGUGAUCGAGAACCGGCUGGAGAACAAGAUCGCCUUCAUCCGCCAGCACGCCAUCCGCGUGCGCAUCCACGCCCUGCUGGUGGACCGCUACCUGCAGACCUACAAGGACAAGAUGACCUUCUUCAGCGACGGCGAGAUGGUCUUCAAGGACAUCGUGGAAGACCCCGACAAGUUCUACAUCUUCAAGACCAUCUUGGCCAAGACCAACGUCAGCAAGUUCGACCUCCCCAACCGCGAGGCCUACAAGGACUUCUUCGGCAUCAACCCCAUCUCCAGCUUCAAGCUGCUGUCCCAGCAGUGCUCCUACAUGGGCGGCUGCUUCCUGGAGAAGAUCGAGCGGGCCAUCACGCAGGAGCUCCCCGGCCUCCUGGGCAGCCUCGGGCUGGGCAAGAACCCCGGGGCCCCCAACUGUGACAAAACAGGGUGCGGGGAGACCCCAAAGAACCGCUACAAGAAACACUAGGAGGUGCGUGGCCGUUCCCGGUUCCUCGUGGUGAACGAGCUCGCGUCCGACCGUCUGAGAAGUCCUGGUGUGUUAACCCUCUGAGCCACGCUGGCGCCACGAGCGCUGGAGACUCGGGGUCCCUGGAGGCCGGGUGGGGGGGUGCGUGGUGCAGGGGCGUGGCAACUGUGAAUCGCCUCGGGCCUGUCCUGCCUCUCCAGUGAGGGGCCUGGGCGAGCGGGGCGACCCGCUCUUCCCGGGUCCCCUCCGAGGGGCAGAGCGCAGCAGAGUUCUAGCGUCUGCUGGGUUAGCGGCGUCGGGGCAGCUGGAACCCCGCCUUCCCUGGGAGCCGGGAGCAGAGCGGACCUGAGCGCGGGGCCUCUCGGGCCUGGCGGCCUCCUCCUCCGCCCACCCCCUGCUGCCCGCCCGCGCCUCUCCUCAUCUCCAGGGCCACCGCCUUGGGUGUGAAUCCGUCUGGCUGGCGAGCCCCUCCCCAGGCCCUCUUCCCGCGCUCCUGGAGAGGCAGGGGCGGUUUAGGGUGCCGAACCCUGCAGAGCGCCCGCGUCUGCCUCUGCGGGCCGCUUCUCUGACUCGUCUUCCAGGCUCCGCUCUUGCUGGCCGGAGGGGCUGUUGGGCGUCUUCAGGUCCCGGCUUCUUGGAAGCGACUCAGAGGCGGCCGGGGGCCCAGAGGGUUGACUGGUGUGCAGUGUGUCUUUGUUGCAUGUCUUGGAAAACGGCCCCAGAGGUCUGGUCUUGCGGGAGGAUGGCGGAGACCCCGCUCUUUCCCUCCGGGACUUGUCUGGGCAGCCCCCUCGCCCCCGUUGGAGGAGGCUGUCCCGCCCUUCUCUGGGGGGCUCGGCGCCAGGGUGCUCCUCCGGCGGCCAUCACCUCCCGCCCUCCCUCUCCAUUCUGAGGCGCCGGCAGAACCGAGGGGCUUCUCCGGCGUCAGCACCAGGGGUGGCGCCACGACUUACCCCUCAGUGUCACGUGUGACGGGAUGGUGAUGCCCACGGCCAUCCCGCGGGGACGCUGGGCCCCCCCACCACGAGUGGGGCCUGUGGUCUGCGUGGCCCAUGAUAGGCCAGGGAGGGCGGGGGAGGUGGCGGAGAAAGGAUCCCGCCCGCUGGCGUGCCCCCGCGUGGGCUGGAGGGGCCGUGGGGG